CAGGAGCUUAAACUGUGGGCCUUGAACCCCACCAACUGUUGUGCUUGGCUCGCCAUUUUUUUCCCAGCCAAAACCGUUUCUGAGGCGCGACGGACCAGAACCAGGAGUCCUCCUCAGGCCGCCGACUGAGGAUGUGCAUUGGCGAAUCCUCGGCCCCUGUUGUAGUUCCGGUCAUGGCGUCAACUACGAGCAACGUGUCGCCAUUCUUGGACCCGGGGCCACGGACAAAGGCCAACUCGCUCGCAAUUCUCCAACUUUCGCGCGACAAUCUCCUGCCCGUCUACCUGCAGCCGCCGACCGGAGAGCACGAUGGCUACGCCGAGGGCGCCGUCGUCAACACCCGCUACGGCUCCUUCCCCCACUCCACCAUGUUGGACGUCCCCUGGGGUUCGCAGAUUCGGGCCUCCAAGGUAGACACGGGAUCGCGGGGCCGCAAGAGGAAGCGCGACGCCGCCGACGACGACGACGACGCCGGCAGGGAGACCACGGGGACUGGCCAGAGGGAGAAGGAGGAAUCGCCCGCUGUCGCCGCUGUCGCAACGAACGAAAACGGCACCGCCGCUGCCGCCGUCAAGAAGGCCGUGGCCGACACCAGCGGCUUCAUCCACAUCCUGCCUCCGACCCCCGAGCUCUGGACGAGCAGCCUGCCCCACCGGACCCAGGUCGUUUACACCCCCGAUUACAGCUACAUCCUGCACAGGAUACGCGCGAGACCCGGGUCGGUCCUGAUCGAGGCCGGCGCCGGCAGCGGGAGCUUUACCCACGCGGCAGUGCGGGCCGUGUACAACGGCUAUCCGACUGCCGAGGGGCAGCGCAAGGGCAAGGUCUACAGCUUCGAGUUUCACGAGCAGCGCUACCACAAGAUGAAGAAGGAGCUCUCGGACCACGGCCUGGAUCGCCUCGUCCACCUGACCCACCGCGACGUCUACAACGGCGGCUUCUUGGUCGACGGCAAGAGCCCCGAGGCCGACGCCGUCUUCCUCGACCUCCCCGCCCCUUGGGAAGCCCUCCCGCACCUCUCCCGACGGAAACCCCACCGGCCGUCCUGCUCCUCCUCCUCCUCCUCCUCCUCCUCCUCCUCCUCCUCGUCGUCGUCGUCGUCGUCGUCGCCGCCGCCCGACGCGGACGGCGCCGCCGCCGGGGACGAUCAGGCGGCCGGCUGGGUGUCGCCGCUGAACCCCCGGAAGAGCGUGCACAUAUGCACCUUCUCGCCGUGCAUCGAGCAGGUGACGCGCACCGUGUCGGCGAUGCGCCGGCUCGGCUGGGUCGACAUCGACAUGGUGGAGAUCGCCAACCGGAGGCUGCACACGUCGCGCGAGCGCGUCGGCCUGAACCUCAACUUCGACCGCGGCGUCAACAACUCGGCCCGCGACGUCGAGGAGGCCCUGGCCAGGCUGACCGAGAUCGAGGCGCGCACCCGCGAGCACGCGGCCAAGCCGAGGGCGGCGUCGGCCGACGCCGACGAGGACAUGGACUCGGCCGACGACGGCGACGGCGACGGCAACGGCGGAAGCGGGCCGGUCAAUAACAACAACGGCGGCCAGGCCCCCUCCGCCGCCGAGGCGACGUCCCCCACCGGGACCACGCCCCCCUGGAUGGAGGGCCGUCUGAUCACGCGCGGCGAGCCCGAGAUCAAGACGCACACGUCGUACCUGGUCUUCGCCGUCCUGCCCAUGGAGUGGACCGCCGAGGACGAGGCCGCGGCCGCGGCCAAGUACCCCGUGGGCAAAGAACAGAAGGUGAUUGGCGCCGUGGACAAGCUCGCCAGGAAACAGGAGCGGCGGGAGCAGCUGCAAAAGGUGCAGGGAACGGGUGGGAGAAAGGCGCGGAGGAAGGAGAGGGACGAGAAGCUGGGCGAGAUGGCCGCGUGAAAGACGCACGCGCGAGCCGGCGCGGGGGGACGUCACGGUUUGGGUAAACUACUCUUACCGUCCUGUUAUUGCGUCGUUGGUGGGUUCGUUGGACACACACAGCAACCCCCAUAGGUACAUACCACGGAGCAAAUAUACCCGAAACGUCGCUAUUCGACGUCUGUAUGACUCAUUGUGGGAUAGAGUCUGUUAGUAUAGGGUAGGAGAUCCUGGCCUGAACCGUUCAAUUCGUUCAAGUCUCUGUGCACCCGGCGACUCAAUCGGCCUCAAAGGCUCGGGCGUGUCAUGUGUCGUACGAUGAAUCAGUGCACGUCGG